AUGUCUUCUAAAGACCGUGACGUCGACCUCGACGUUGAUCGGCCCCCGCGCGACAAGACCGACAAGUCGGAGAAGAAGGCCUCGAGAAGCAAGUCGGAGCGCAGUAGCAGACCCGACAGAGAAAAGGGCGACAAAGAGCACCGCUCCCACCGCGUGAGCUCGCGCUCCUCUAGAACCAAGAUGGCAGACGGCAGCGGCCUCGGAAGUGACCUCAAUUCCCACUCUCACCGUCGCCACCGCACCCGCGAAGAACGAGACCGCGAUCGAGAGAGGGACCGCGGCCACGACCGCUCCGUCUCCAUGACCGACCUUGUCCCCGAAAUGUCUCGUACCUCGCUCACCGGCCCGGCCUCGACUGACCGUAUCUCGAUGCCCUACCCGACCUUCAGCAAGGCGCAUAGCAAAGAGGCCGUCCGCGGCAGUCGCGAGGAUGUGUCCGAGUCGGCCGUGGGCCCCACGAGGAGGAACGACCCCUUCACGCCCGAGGCAACGGAUCUGGGCGGCAGCGAACUCAAGCGAUCCAUGAGCGUCGAGCAUUCCGACAAGCAGCGCAAGGUUUCGUCCAAGAAGGAGUCGAGACCCCCUAGCCCGCCCGAAACCGACUUGUCGGGUAAGAGACGCUCAGGCACCCCUGAGGAGUCAUCUAAGAGAAUGCGCGAGGAACGCUCAAGCUCGAGGCUCAGCGGAGACUCGUCCAAGAGAGACCGGGAGGAUAGGCCAAGCUCGCGCCUUAGCGGCAUCUCACGAUCGGGCUCCAAAGCAGACGACAAGUCUCGGCUGAGCUUCAAAUCCAAGACGAGUAGCCAGGCUACCUACGUCAAGUCGCCGGCGUUCCCCCCUGGCGUGCAGGAGAGUUUAAAUAUCAAGCCGAGCGCUUCCAGAUCCUCCUCGAAGCGGAGUUCGUCGAGCAAGAAGAGCCGGAGACGGGAGUACUACGACGGUGACUCGUCCCCCGAGAGCCUUCAGGAUUCGUCUCCCAGAACCCCGACACAGGCGCCACCCUUCCCGCCACCCUUCGCUGUGCAUGACAAGCCCCCAGGGCCACCUCAGGUUUACCCCGAGAACGACAUCACUCCGUCCGCAACACCAAUGACCGAUAUGGGUCCCCCGACCGACCCUCCUCCCCCGCCGCCGCCGCCGCCGCCACCCGUUGACGUCCAGGAAGCACCGCGCGUCGAUUAUCUUUUGCAAAAUGGCGGACUCAUACAACCGAUCCCCAAGACAUUUCUCUCCGUCCUGCCCCGGCAAAAUGGCGCCAGGCCAUCUAACCCACCCCUAGUUGGCCCGCAGACUUUGUUCGCGCCAUUCUUCAACCUGUUGGACCAGUAUAAUUCGGUCCUCAACCGUAACGGCUCCGUGGCAGUCGCGACCGGGCACCGAUCAGUAGCUCGGCGUCUGCUGGACCGUCUUGAAAACGUAUUCUCGAGAGAGCUCCCUGAGCACGGAUGCACCUGUGUGGUCUGCGAACGGGGUCCCGAUAUUCAGCAUCGCGGUUUGGGCUGGGGGGAAGUCCUUGAAUGGGUCAGCGGUCGUAUCGAUCUUCCCCAGUGGCCACCGUUCGACCUGGCAAGCUUGGGAUCCAAGGCUGCGGAAGUGUCCGCGGAGUUACCACCCCGGCCCGACUCGCCGGUCAAGAUCGAUCCUGAUAUCGCCGAGGAAUUUCGCGAGCACUAUCUCAGACAGUCUAAGAAGGUUAGGGGGGCUGUGGACAAGUGGCUCAACACCUGCGGUGAAACGACGGCGCCACCGCCUCAGGACGUAGAUGACGAGACUCUGACGUUUGCCAUACUGACGAACUUGGACCCUGAAGACCAACCGUACUUCAAUGCCAUACUUGUGGGUUCCAACCAUCCCAAGCCCGCAACAAGAGCACCAACGCCGUUGCACCGCGCGCGCCCUGACCUCCUCGUCAGGGCAGGCUUGGCUCUGCAACGUCUCUACCGAUUGACGCAAGUGCCGCGAGACGCCGAGGUCGCCAUGUACCUCGUCAAGAACCCUCACACCCACGACCUUCUCGUCACAAUGUCCGAUAUCAACACGCAAGAAUGGGAAAUCUUGACUUCUGGCAGGUUCGACGGUUUCCUCUGGUCCGGAGCCGAUGGCGACGAUGGUUCCACUCCCACAGCUGAAUCGCGCGGCGCCACCCCCGCGAGCAACUACGUCCCCUCUAGACCUUCUACGAUGAGCCCGGGCGUUCGAGGAACGCCAGGCUUCCCAGGAUCUCGCAAUACGACGCCGUUCUCGGCCUACUCCCGCGGCGCCACUCCGGCGUCUUUCGUUAGCAACGCGUCGUCCGCGGCGGCGAAUCGUCAAGCAGUAUCCCGGGACGAGGAGAUGGAGAUGGCCGUCCUCGCAGAGGUGGAGCGGGAAAUUUAUCAGGGCAUGGAGGCGCUGGAAGAUGCCUUUGAGGCGCUCCACCUCAAGGCUGAAGUCGUCCGGACGGGCUUGCGCAACCGCGGCGCCGGCCUGAUGCACAGCCUCCAGAGCCGCCGGCGCAUCGACGUCCUCCCUAUCCCGGGCUCCGGUAACUCGCAAUCAUCGGGCUACGAGCGCCCUAGUUGGGCGCAGGGCGAUUACGACGCCAACAGCGACAGCGAGUGGGGAGGCGACGAUUUUGAGCUCGCCCCAGACGACUCGGCGAGCAACAUCAGCAGCUCGCGGCACCGACGGCCCAAGAGGCGGACCGAGAGGAGGACGCCAGCGCCGAUUGAGGAGGAUGAAGAGGAAAACUGA